CUGCAAAGUUUAUAUAAUGGACGUAUUCUUCCUUCAGCUCGAGGUCAUACAGAGGUGAAGGUGGAACUUCAGAUUGAAAGGUGGGCGGCUCGUGGAGGAUCUGUUCGUCUCCGCUGCGUUCACGACGUCCCUCCUCACUUGCUGGACAAAGUCGUUUUCCUUCGACACGGCACCAAAAUCUUUCAAUACAUCAGGAACAGGAAACCGCCGUACAGAAACUUCACAACACCUGGAGCUGUUCUAAAUAUCGCUUUAGCUACAGAGAAUUCAAUCACACUUCAAAACCUGGAUUUUGCUGCCAGUGGUAGCUACUCCUGCGAAGUAUCCCUGGACACACCGAUAUACACGAAGGCUUCUAGUGAGAAACAACUCACAGUAUUUCAUCCUCAAAAACACCACCCACGCAUCGACUUUCCAACUCGCUACUUAAGCUUCGGUGAGACGUUAAAAGCGAAUUGCACAACCGCCCCCGCUCUGCCGGCUCCACAUAUCACAUGGUUUAUUAAUGGACAAAAGAUGGAUGAGCUGGUUGCACAUUCUCACAAAUUCCGCGUCCCAAUGAGUGAGAAGAGUGGAAGACGAGGUCUUCAAAGACUGAUGAACCAUGAGGUCAAUCAGACUUCACCACCACCAAUUCUAGCCCUUACCCACGUAUCCCAUGUGGCGACACGGCCCCCUGGUUGCCUCCUUAAAGAGUCUCAGUUGGAACAGAUGCCAGAUGAAGCGAAUAUGGUGCAUGGUGUUAGUCGUCAUAGGAGUCGCAGACCAGGUCGGGGUCGAGACUUGUAUGUGACGGUAUCUGAACUACAACUUGUGGCCACUGGGAGACUGGAAGUCAGUUGUGUUAGCACAAUCCCCGAAUUUAGGAGCAUUGAGGACAAAUUCGCAGAUGUCAGGAAUGACACCGUUAUCGGUAAGGUCAUCAUUGAUUGA